AUGCCUGCGCGCUCAUACGCUCUAACUACCUCUCACCCUCUGGUUCCUCUGGCGUUCAACUAUGUCUCUGAAAGGCCUGCAGCGAUCGAACGUGUCUCCAUGCCUCCAAGGACCCUCACUGUGUCGGGCGCGGCGUUCUCGACUCGUGCAGGCGCACAAGACUGUUUUGACAAAGGGGACAAAUCCUUAUUGCCCCUCAGUACAUCCGGCGAUAUUACCGAAUACCGGGUGAUUACCCUCGAUGAAAACGGUCUUGAAUUUCAACAUAAACUAUCCCUUGGCGAGAGGAAUAAGAAGUUGAAGGUAGACAAUAAGUCGCUUAUGCAUCGGGUACAGGACCUUGAAAAGGCAAACCAGGAUGCGGCCAGGGAGAAGGAGGAUGCGGUCAGGGCAAACCAGGAUGCGGACAGGGUCAUCUUUCAAUGGGAAAUGGCUACAAAAGCAUUACAAGCUUUUGGGCGGCUCCUUUCAGCGGACCCCAGUGCCAUCUCUGAGGAUACAAGGGCAGCAAUGGUUCACCACUCCAUUAAAGAUGACUUGCGAUAUUUGAGCCUACAACAUAGGAAUUAUCAAAAUGAGCGCAAUCAGCAAACUCAUGCCGCAUCGAUCGCAUAUGCUUCAAUCCCCAUCCACUACCGACAAAUUCUUGAGAACCUUGUCCACGCUAAGGCUGCAAUAUCCGAAGAUAGGGCAAGAAUAGCUCACCCAUCAGUGAGAAAGUCAGACGUUGCAGGUUUCUUGGCACCUUACAUCGAACAACAAAUAAAUCCUGCAACAGAGUUGUUGAAAGCCAUGCAAGAUGUGAAGGUCAUGCAUCACCUGACGGGGGACUUGGUUCCUUUGUUUGUGGAGGGCUGA